AUGCCACAAGCACAGGUAUCUGGGUCAAAACAACUUCACAGGAUCCAUCCCACCCGUUCUUGGACGACUGACGAAUCUAACUCUCCUAAGCUUCGACCAAUCAGGUUUAUCGUGCCCGACAGCUGGCACCACCGAUUGUGCGGCUCAGCUGCCAACCCUCCAUCCACCAACCCCCCACCUGAGCCACCGCUGGCACCUGAAUCAAACCCCCCAUCGCCCCCCUCCUCCGCCUCCUCUUCUCUUUCCACGGGAGCCAUUGCUGGCAUUGCUGUUGCUGUUGUGCUGCUGCUUGUGGUGGUGGUGCUGCUGGUGAUGCAUGCGCGGGGCGCUCUGCCAUGCUUGCAGCACGGAGAUGGGACCAGGAGUGGGGGCGGAUUCUUCAAAGGCGGUGAUGUGUACAGGGGCGUCAGUCCCUUCGAUCUGUCUGUGCUGUGGACUGUGAACGCCAUGGCACCGAAGCACCACGUGAACGCUAUGGCAUCGAAGCACCACCCCAACCUGGUGAGGCUGCUGGGGUUCUGCAUCGACUUCAACGCGGACACGGAGGAGAUGGAGCAGGUGGUGGUGUAUGAGUUCAUGGAGAACGGAGAUCUCGACCGUUGGAUCGGAGACGAGGCACCAAAGGCGCUCUCCCUGCUCGAGCGUGUGAACAUUUUCAUCGAGGCUCCGAAGCCGCUCUCCCUGCUCGAGCGUGUGGACAUCCUCAUUGGUGCGGCCCAUGGCUUGGAGCAUCUGCAUUUGAGGCGCCUCAAAAGUCUUCACCACUAUCUGCUCCCUACUUUCACCUCCCUCCCUUCUCCCAUCAGAGGCACCGAAGCCGCUCUCCCUGCUCGAGCCUUUGGAGUGGUGAUGCUGGCGGUGAUAACAGCACAGCAUGCCGUGCGCACCCAGCAGGACACGAGCAGAGUCAACCUCAAGGCAUGGGUGGCACCUCUAGUUUCUGCUCAUGACGUGGCAUCCUUCAAAGACCCUCGCCUCGAAGGCCCUGCUGACGUCAUCCUCCGCCUCGCUGAGCUGGCGCUGAGCUGUACGGCCAUGCCGACCGCAUCGCGCCCCGAUAUGAUGCGGAUCAUUGGAGGUCUCAAGGCGAUGCGAGCCGAGCUGACAGGUGGCGAUGUGGACGAGCGAGCGAUUAGGAUUGACUCUGAGCUGGCGAUUGGUGUGGGAGAGACGUUGGAGGAACAGAUUAUGAGGGUGGAGAGCAUGGGGGAUGUCCCUGUUCUCCUCGACUGUCAGGCGCUGUGGAUUCGCAACUUCACGGGAUGGACCACGGGGGAGGAUUGUGCCACUGCGGAGGGGCUGCAGUGUGACAGUAACGGGAUGAUCGUGAAGAUGUCAAUGGAGAUGUCGUCUCUUGCAGGGGUGCUGCCGUCGUCCAUUGGCAACCUGACUCUGCUGACCCACCUCAACUUCUUUCAGAACAACCUCGACAGCGACAUCCCCACCACCUUUGGCGCUCUCACCAACCUGCAGCACCUCAAUCUGGGCAUCAACAUGCUCACAGGCCCGCUUCCUCUCUUCCUUGACACACUCUCACUCCUCACCUUCUUGAAUUUGGGCGACAACAAGCUCACAGGGACGCUGUCGGCUGGUCUGGGGAACCUCAAGCAGCUGCAGUUCCUGUGA